AUCUCAAAAGAUUGUGAUGACCAGGGCAGCUGGCAGAAGGGUCUGAAAAAAGAAUGUUAGCAUGUCUUUCCCCUGUUGGUACCGUAAAUAUCUUCCAUGUAGUUCACUGGGUUUAUUUUAGUCCGUGAGGCAGGAUCAAACGGUUUCUAGCUAAAGUCAAAGUCAGAGGCUUCCCAGUUUGCUCUGUGUUGAGUCAGAGAUUGGAUAAAAAGUUGUUUUUUGCCUUGAUAUCGACAGGAAAACACAACUUUAAAACUUCAGUGCAAAUAUGUCUAACGGCAGAGACCUUGAGGAUCUCAAUGAAGAGGACAUUGAUGAGGAUGAAAUCCUUGCAAUGCUUUCGCCUGAGGAGCUUAAGGAGCUUCAGAGUGAGAUGGAUGUUAUUAUUGCACCAGACGAGAGUGUCCCAGUAGGACAGAGACAGAAGGACCAGACAGAAAAACCUCCGACAGGGACGUUUGACCACAGAUCCCUAGUUGAUUACCUCUACUGGGAGAAAGAGUCUAAACGUAUGCUGGAGGAAGAAAGAGUGCCUGCUACUCUCCUGCCCAGUGAGAAAACCUUGAGGGAGGAAUCUGAAAAGAAAGAAAAAGAAGAAAACGCAGGAUGUGGCAAAUAUGAGGUGUAUGAAGUGAUAGAGGAAGUCACUGAAGAAGAAGCUGCAGAUUGUGAAAAUGGAGAGGAAAUUAUAGAGGAGAUUAUUGAGGAAAUUGUUGAAGAAGUUGAUGAGAGAGAUGAAAAGGACAAAAUAAUAGAUGUGGGAAAAGAGACAGAAACGAAGCAACUUGCUGAAGUCCAACCUGAAAAUGCAGGUGAACACGCAGAGCCUCUGGAUAUCACAGAAAAAGCACCAGGAAAAAAUACAACUGACAGCCAGCCUUUUUCAGACACAAAGGAGACUACUGAGACCUUAGCUCUGAAACACAACACUGAAGAGAAAGAAGGAAAUAAAAGUACAAAAUGUUUGCCUCCCCAAGAGGCUCCAGAGGAGCCAGAAACAGUCGAGCCCAAUGAGAAGCUUCCAGAGAAAGAAGAGAGAAAAAUAGGUAAACUGAAAAUUCCGAAGCUUUCACUCAAUAAUAUAAAAAUUACAUCAAGACCUUCAGGAAAUGAUACAAACUUGGAGUCGACACUUGAUAAGAUCCGCAAAAACAACCCCUCUAUCACUGAGGUAAACCUCAACAAUAUAGAAAACAUUCCCAAAGAGAUGCUCGUGGACUAUGUCAACGCCCUGAAGAAGAAUAAAUAUGUUAAAACAUUCAGUUUGGCCAACACUGGUGUCGAUGAAAAUAUUGCUUUCAAUCUAGCCAACAUGCUACGAGAGAAUCGCAGCAUUACGACUUUAAACAUUGAGUCAAACUUCAUAACUGGCAAAGGCAUCGUUGCCAUCAUUCGCUGCCUCCAGUUCAAUGAGACUCUCACAGAGCUGCGUUUUCACAACCAGAGGCAUAUGCUAGGUCAUCAUGCAGAGAUGGAAAUCUCUCGCUUGCUCAAGGCCAACAACACCCUUCUGAAGAUGGGCUACCACUUUGAACAGCCAGGGCCCAGGAUGGUAGUGACCAACAUUUUAACAAGGAAUCUGGACCGUCAGAGGCAGCUGAGGAAGGAAGAGCAGAGGCAGCAACAGCUAAAGCAGCAGAGGGAGCUGAUGCAGAUGUAUGAGAGCAGUCUCAAUCUACCUCCUGGUUUACUUGAGAUGCUGGGAUACAUACCACCCAUAGAAUUCCUACAGGAGCAUGGACUUGCCCCACCCUCAUCAGAGCUGAAUGCUGAUGUGCAAACACAACACCAGACAGAACAACCAGAGCCCCAGAAGAAGAUCAAACACAAAAGCAUUCCCAAACAACCCAGUGAUGAACCAGCAAACCCAUUAAAGGAUGUCCAGCUGAGGAGAACUCCUAAAAAACGGGAUCCUUUAUUCGAGCUGGACCCAAGAGAUGAUAGAAGAUCAGAGAGGGCAAGCUUUCAACUGAGGAAGACUCCCAAAGUGAAGGAUACAGGCAGUGCAGGGAAUGAGGAUGAAACGGCCAACCUGACUGACGUGAUCAAGUCUUUAAAACCUGUCCCUCGCAGACGAUUACCUCCAAAGGUUGACGUCACACCUCGUGAUCAGCUCCUAAAUGAUAUCAAAAAGAGCAACGUGGCUUAUCUCAAAUCUGUGCCUCUCCCUAAAGCCCUGGAAUCAAGUGAAACGAGUCUCCUGUAAGGCGCUGCUGUUUCUUCACCAUAGUAUUUGUUUUUAUUACACAUGCUCAGUAUUAGUCACUUCAAAUGAACAGUACAAAUUGCUACUGAACUUUAAUUACCUAGAGAAAAAUACUGGUUAGUUCUGUUUUAUUUCAAUACGUGAUAUAGUCUUCGCAAAGUCACAGCAAUUAAAAACACUGACUACAGCCAAAUAUCGUGUAUUAAUUCUACAGUAAAGCGUGUUAACCUUUCAUAAUUUGAAAGCUCUUCUGAAUACAGUGCAUGGUUAAGAAAAAAAAGUGUAUUCACACAGUAUUUGUUCAUGAUGUCUACAUAUACAACAAUUUCUCUAAUCUUUGUGCUUAAAAUGAAUUAGCAAGCGUGUCUGAUUAAAUGUUUGUGACUUAAUCAUUUUGCUAUUAAAAAAUAUAAACCUUC